CAAGAUUUUGUGGGGUCGCUUAUAGUUAAAAGAGGCCUAGCAAAUCAUCACUCACACUAAUCUCAUUAUUGCGCGAGUGCACCUCCAGUCCGACACUCACACACUCUUGGAAACCAGUCGCCAGAAACUCUCUCACCUCGUCACCUCCCUCCCCUCUGCUCCUCAUUCCCCUUCCAACUCCUGCACGGCGCAGGGGAACUCUGGCCUCUGCGGCGACGGCAACUGCAGACCUGUUGCAUUGACAGCGCCACAUUAGGCUGCUCUGAUAUCAGCUACCUGUCUGCCAAACCUGACUCCGCAUCCCGAGGCGCGGCCGAAGCCCUGACGCCGCCCGCCCUCUUUUGGGCGAUCCUCUGCUGCCCGCAUUUUCGAGUUUCUCCCCCAGCGCUCGACUCACUCGACCACCCGCCAACCUCAAUCCAACCCGAAAAUGCUUCAACCCUGCUGACAAUCUGCCCGAUCAGAAGUCGGCGCUGAAAGAGACGUCUUGCAUUCCUCCUGAAGAUAGCUAAUCCUCUGCUAUCCGGUGCCACCUGCGCCCCUCCGCCCGCCUCUUCAAGCCGCCGCACAACCUUUGUCCUUCCUGGACGCUCGGCACGAGAGCACCAGAAAAAAUUGCUCCUUUUGUCAUACCUGGCAGAGUCGCACGACCUUUGUUCCUGGCCUCCUUACACAACCUGGCUGGACAAGCGAAAACCCAGCUGCCAUCAACCUCCAAUCUUGCGCCGCCGUCAUACACAGUUGUCGCUUCUCCCACCACUCUGCUUGAGAGGGAGCUGCUUCCUACGAUCCAACCGCUUGGUCCUCAUAGGGGGCUCGCGUCCUUGGUUUAUGCGAGUUGAGCGCACGGUGGACCUAUAGAUUAGCGGAGCCCUGCUUUUGAGAAACUGUCAUUUGGUCAUUGCUCCUAACUGGGCAAAACCAUUUGCGGCAUCCCGUGUUACUCUGGCUGUUUUUGUGCAAGCCAUCUUUUUGCAUCCUGCAUUCUCUGGCAUCUCAUUUAUGGUGUCGUUAUAACAAGAUGACGGCCUCAGAUGUCGAGGAUGGCCACUCCCAUUCGGCCUCUCCUGAGGACAGUGGGACCGAACACGUCCAAGUGAACAUGGCCGGAGGUCAGAGCAAGAACGACGUUAAAAGGCCGCAAAAUGGAGUCCAACCCACCAAUCCCAAGGACCCUUCUCGUCCCCGGAGAAAGAAGGCACGUAGAGCAUGUUACGCAUGCCAACGUGCCCAUUUGACCUGUGGCGAUGAGAGACCAUGCCAAAGGUGCAUCAAGCGAGGACUGCAGGAUGCGUGUCAGGAUGGCGUCAGGAAGAAGGCAAAGUAUCUGCAUGAUGCCCCUAAUGAGGCCCUCAUGCCUGGGGUUGGAGGGAGCAUCUACAACCAACCCGGUGCAAAAUCAAACUCGAGCGUGGGUAACGACACCCCUCAUCAACAGCCGUAUUUCCAACAAACGCCGACGUACAACAACUUUCCCACACCGUCACAUAUGCCUCCUCCGAUGCUCCACGAGAGAAGUAUGAGCACGGCCAGCUUCCCUCAGCAGUCACCGCUAGCCACCAAUUUCCCAAAUGUCGGACCGCAGGUUCCGCUGCAAAGCCCUGUCAUGGGUGCUGAUCAAUCCAAUGCCACCAACAUGACGGCCGCAGGUUGGCCAGGGCACAUGUACAGCGACGAUGCCAUGUUCAACUUUGACAUUGCCAGCAUGAACUUUGGCAAUCACUACGGUGCGUUGGAGUUUGGAAUGCUCGGUCAUAUGGCUACAAAUGCGGGAGACACUCCUCCCAGCGACACGGCGACAAGGAGUGGGUCUAUCACGCAGCAGCAAUAUCGCAUGCCUUUUGGGAGCUUCAGCGAGAGCCCAACGGCCCGGCAACAGAUAUACAGCGAGACGAUGCUGCCGGAUUGGUCCAACGGGACCGACCCGUACGGGGCCCAUGGGCACAAUCGCCAUAUGGCUCCUAACGCGUUCGCGAUAGAAUCCAACGCGGUCAAUUGGACAUCUCCUGACACGAAUGGCACGCCCAAUAAUGCUGUCAAAUUCGAAGAGUCACCAUUGAUGACCAGCUCAGGCCUCCAGGUCCCCCCUUCAGCCUUGGAUGGCGGUCCGGUCAUUCAUUCAACCGGACCCCUGGACGGGAGGAACCACCGGCCCCCUCCUCCUAUAUCGACUCCGCAAUUGAAGGCCAAAUCCCAGCUGCCGGUCAAGGCUUUGAAGCGGCCAAAGGAUCCGUCGUCGAUCUACACCUCCGUCACCCAACCUUAUCCUUAUACGGCAGGGUUCCACAGCUUCAUCGCAUACCUCCAGAAACGAUUUGCCGCACAUCCUUCCAAGACGCUUGCCAUAGCCAAGUCUUUGGCGUCGAUCCGGCCGUCGUUCAUUGCGACCACCAAGACGUUGAACAGGGAGGACCUGAUCUUCAUGGAGAAGUGUUUCCAGCGGACAUUAUGGGAAUAUGAAGGGUUUAUUGAGGGGGUAGGUACUCCAACAAUUGUGGCGAGGAGGACCGGAGAAGUUGCAGCUGUGGGCAAGGAAUUCCAAAUCCUCACCGGGUGGACGAAGAAUGUACUGCUCGGCCGGGCGCCGAAUCUGAAUGUGAACCGCGGCCAUUCUGGACAAACGCCUGGCACUGGAUCUGGGACCAAUACUGCGCGACAGACGGGGACUAACACUCCUACGCAACGACUGUUUCUUGAGACCGAGAAUGGCGAGAAACGACCACAACCUGUUUUUCUCGCCGAACUGCUUGACGACGAAUCGGUGGUGCAGUUUUACGAGGAUUUUGCGAGGCUGGCAUUUGGAGACAGCCGGGGCAGCGUUUGUGGCAGGGCCAAACUCCUCAAAUACCGGACCAAGGACGAUGAACUCACCCAAAAUCUCAGCGUCGAGGCUGAGGCGCGAACCGAAGAGGGGCGCCAAGGUCAACCCGAGCUGCGACGGCAAGACAGCUCUCGUCGUCAACAAGAUAUGAAGCGGGAGCGCGAUGGGAUUUCUGGCGAAAAAGGGAUGCAAAAACUGGGAUCGGCCGACGGGAAGGUGGACUGCACAUAUUGUUGGACGGUGAAACGUGACGUUUUUGAUAUACCCAUGCUUAUUGUUAUGAAUUUUUUGCCUUGUAUAUAGGCGGUUCAAAAGUUUCUGCGAUUCACGACUGCGUUAUGUAUCAACUGGAGGUGCGGGUACCUUGGGCACGCCAUCUGGGAGAUUGGCAUGGGGGGGCUGUCGGCUUCGGACCAGGCAAUGGACCAGGCGAAGGACAUUGUGGAUAAGCUGCAGUCGAACUGCACGAGCACAGCAACUAUAGCACAGUAUUAUAUACCGAUGGCCCUCAUCUGAGAGACAGCAAAAUCUGCAGGGUCUACAAGGACCAGGUUCCCUGUCUUGAGAGCCUGGCAUUGUCUAUGAAUUGAAAGAUUGCGAAGCAGAA